AUGCAACAGAGGGAAUAUGAUAAAGCUUUUGCUUAUAAACGGGUCACUUCGGAUUCAUGGCUUCUAAAAACAUGUAAAAAUUACUCGAAAGUUUUCUCAAAAAAUGAAUUCAAUGCGGCGGUUUUGCGAAGGAUCCCAAUUCUGAAGUGGCUUCCAAUGUAUAACUUAUCAUUUCUACUCAGCGACAUUAUUGCCGGACUGACGGUUGGCGUGUACAAUGUUCCACAAGCAAUGUCAUAUGCGACUCUAGCCGGUUUAUCCCCAGUUUACGGUUUAUAUACAAGCUUCUUUCCGCCGCUCAUAUACGCAAUAUUUGGCACAACUUAUCAUUCGAGUGUUGGAGUAUCCUCAUUACUUGCAAUUAUGAUCAACAAAUGUCUGGUUAAACUGUUAAGUGGGGAAGAAUAUGAAUUUCUGCAAGUUGAUCGCGUCGAAGUUGUCACAAGCUUAUGUCUACUUUCGGGUGUGAUUCAGACAGUCAUGGCUAUUCUUCGAUGUGACAAAUUGAUGAAAUUCCUGUCGGCUCCAGCAAUUUCAGCGAUUACUGUGAGUUCAUGCUUCUAUGGAAAUGUGAUGCUUCUUCCAAAAAUGCUCGGCUUGAAACUUCCCCCUCGAAGUUCAAAUUGGUUCAAUAUGUUUUAUCUUCUGAGAGACAUUUAUGACAAUUUUUAUAAAACAAAUCGAAUGACUUUAAUCAUUUCGUGUUCGACAUUGGUAUUUCUUCUUUUCAUGAAAUAUGUAAUUGAGCCGCAGUUCAAAAAAACAAGAUUUGGCAAAAUUCCAUUUCCAACUGAGUUGAUUACGAUUAUUGUGAACGCUUUGAUAUCAUAUCAUUUCGAUCUGCGACAAAAUUAUGGUGUUGAAAUUCUAAAUGAAAUUCCUCGUGGAUUCCCACUUCCAAAUAUGCCGAGAAUCGAUCUUUGGCCAUAUAUGGUUAAGGACGCAGUGCCAAUCGCCAUUGUUUCUUAUAUGCUUACAUUGUCGCUUGGUCAAAUCUAUUCGAAGAAACACAAAUUCCGAUUGGAUUCGAAUCAAGAAUUAUUGGCAAUGGGAAUUAUCAAUAUUGGUUCAUCAUUCUUCCCCACAUUCACUACAACCACAUCGAUGUCGAGAACGGUUCUCAACGAAUCCUGUGGUGGAAGAUCCCUGCUUUCGGGUGUUGUAAGCAGCAUUUGCAUGUUGAUAGUCAUCACUUGGAUCGGACCUCUUCUGGCUCCUUUGCCGUCUUGUGUUCUAGCUGUCAUCGUCGUUGUUGCUGUUCGGACCCUCUUCAACAAAGUUUACGAGCUUCCAAAAUUAUGGAGAUAUUCGAAACACGACUUCUGGAUAAUGGUUCUGACGUCAAUAAUCACCCUGAUUUCGGGACUUGCCGAAGGCGUUGCCGCUGGAAUUAUAUUUGCGAUUUGCACCAUUGCGAUUCAAUCACAACAGCCAUCUAUCAAACACCUUGGCCAAAUCAGAAGCAAUGACUUUCGAUCUUUGGCUCAGUAUAAAUCUGCAAAGCCAACCGAUUUCAAAAUAAUUCGAUUUGAUGCGCCUUUAAUAUUCACAAACGUUGAUAAAUUCUUGGUGAGUGUUCGAGAAGCUGCGAGUGAUUUGCGUAAAUGCAACAAAAUUACACUGAAUGAAACUGAUUGGACGGCGAUUAUUUUGGAUUGCCAUACAUGGACAUACACAGAUUCAAUGGGAAUAGAUGCAGUCAAAGAGAUUGAUGAUGACUUAAAGAAAAUGAACAUUUAUUUAUUAUUGGCGAAUUUGAAAUCUUCUCUUCGCAGGCAAUAUGAACAUGCGGGAAUUUUGAACCAAAUCAAACCAUAUCAACUUUAUCCUUCAAUUCAAGAUGCUUUAGACGCAGCUCAUGAAUUGACGGGCCACGAAACGAUGGAGAGAUUUUUGCGUUUCGGAGCUGGACUUGGACAGUUCGGUGGUACCCCACAGGACUCUAAUCAAGUCGAUACCUCGGAGACUGUUUACAUCUCUUCGUUGGCUCUCUUGAAAAUGCUCAAGCAUGGCCGUGCUGGUGUUCCCAUGGAGGUUAUGGGUUUGAUGCUGGGCGAGUUUGUUGACGAAUACACUGUUAACGUCAUCGAUGUGUUCGCCAUGCCACAGUCUGGAACAGGUGUAUCUGUCGAAGCUGUGGACCCUGUGUUUCAAGCGAAAAUGCUUGACAUGCUGAAACAAACUGGAAGACCAGAAAUGGUUGUUGGAUGGUAUCACUCUCAUCCAGGAUUCGGAUGCUGGCUCUCUGGAGUUGAUAUUAAUACUCAACAAUCGUUCGAAGCUUUGUCUGAUCGUGCGGUCGCUGUCGUCGUCGAUCCAAUUCAGUCAGUAAAGGGAAAGGUUGUCAUUGAUGCGUUUCGUACCAUCAAUCCACAAUCGAUGGCUAUGAGCCAAGAACCAAGGCAAACUACCAGCAACAUUGGGCAUUUGCAAAAGCCAAGUAUUCAGGCUUUGAUUCAUGGCUUGAACCGCCAUUACUACUCGAUUCCCAUUGCUUACAGAACUCACGAUUUGGAGCAAAAAAUGCUCUUGAACUUGAACAAAUUGUCAUGGAUGGACGCCGUUAGCGUUGAAAACUAUAGUAAAUGUGGUGAGAAAAAUAAGGAACAUUUGAAGGCGAUGUUAAAAUUGGCUAAGAAUUACAAAAAGGCUCUCGAGGAUGAAGACAAGAUGACGGAGGAGGAGCUUGCCAUUAAGAAUGUCGGAAAACAAGAUCCAAAACGACACAUCGCUGACGAAGUCAGCAAGAUGCUCAACGAUAAUAUCGUUCAAAAUCUUGCUGGUAUGAUGGCAACAACCUCGUUCCAAUAA